GUUCAUUUGUUUUUAGAUGCCUCGACACUACCAAAAAAAGUUUGGACCGUAGGAAAAAAAAUUUUGAAAAAACAUUUCUUCAGGAGGCAGUGUUCUGUUGAUGCUAAUUGAAGUUUUGAAUUCAUCUAUCAAUGUGAAGAAUUUGAUAUUUCUUGUAGAUAGAUCUGAGAGUUUGUGAUUAUGUUCUGUUCCUAUGUUUUUCCAUUAUUUUAGUUUAUUUUUUUAAUAAGGUUUUAUAGACAUAGCAACCCAUUACUGUAAGAAAAAUACUACAUGUACAUGUUUGAGCGAUUCGUUAUUCGAAAACUGAAAAAAAAUGGAUUUCGGGCUGAACGAAUAAGCAUUUCUCUAUUUUUUGAUCGAUUCGUUCUCCUAUAAUUGAAAAAAAAAUUGGUUUGUAGUUUUUAUAAUGUAUGUUGAUCGACGUCAACCCCAGAGGAGUCACGAGGACUAGACACGAUCAAGGUCUUUCCUAAUAUUUUGAAUGUCAGGGAUUGAGUGAAUGUUCCCCUCAGCAGAGAAUGGGAAAGCCGACUGCGAGGGGAGUUUUCUCUCCUACGCUGAUAGGAUUAAGUACAUAAAUAGUAACAAAUCACAAAAUGUACAAGAUAUAAUUUGACAUAAUCGUACAGAGAAUAUGGUUCCAAAACAAUUGAACAUUCCGUGACAUUUUUCUUGACAAUAUUUGAAUAGUUCAACUGUUAAUUUAAUCUGGUGGUUUUUGAUCCCCUUUUCAAAUGUUCUAAGAAAAAUAAAAAAGGCGUAAAAUUUUCUACACUGGUCUGAAUUUUCAUUUCCAAAAAUGUUGAAAGAAGGCAGUCGAAAACGGGGAUACAAAUGCAAAAUUUGAACAUCUCCUAUUUUAGCUUCGUGCAAAAUUCAUUAUCACAAGCGUAGAAUAUUCAAUAAAUAUUCUUUUUCAUUAAUUUUUACAGUAUUCACAUCCGAAAACAUAGCGAUCUGUUCGAAGAACAAGUGCCCAAGAACUGAAACUCGUUAUUCGCUUCGGCAGGCAAAAUCCAUUUGCAAUGCAAAAUUUAUGAUAGGAUAUUUUUAUCCAUUGUUGAAAUCCCGAAAUAGAAUUGUGAUGAACUAACAAAAUGCAACACUAUGAAUGAACUAACUGGCAGAUGACGUUCAAACUCUAUAUGAGUCACAGUUGAUGGGAUGAAUAAAAUUUCGACAAUAAUACUAAGCAAGUUUCCAAUGGAUCAAUUCCUGUUUUUUUCUUGUCUGAAUAAUUUUUAGGAAUAUGGAGAUUAAUAUUUGACUAUCCAACCUUCAAAACAAGAUUUUUCGUGUCAUCAUCUUUAAAGCAAUUUUACUGCUUGUAUUAAUUUCGCAAAAUGAUUUGAGGAAUGUCCACCAAGUCAUUGAGUGAUAAGGUUGAAAUGCGAACAUAAUUUACAUAAGAUAAUGCAAUAUUCACCUGAACCAUUCCAAUGGUUGUGUGUGGCUGAAAGAUUCGCAGAUGUCAUGCUGAAAGUGAUCUCAACUGCUCUCCUCUUUCUUAGUUCUCGUUUGUGCUCAGAAACACAGUGUGGUGAACCAAUUGGUUAUGGUUCUCCUGUAGGCACCAGAAAAGACAGAAUUGUUGGGGGCUAUGACCUUGGUUUUUACAAAUACCCUUGGUAUGUAGCCCUCAUCAGCGAUAAAAUAAUUGGUUGUGGUGGUUCACUCAUUAAUUCAAGAACGGUUCUGACUGCAGCGCAUUGUUUCAACAGUAAGACUAAAUUGGAAAACCAAUACGUUAUUAAACUGGGAGUAUAUAAUAUAUGUACAACUGAGAGCACGCAGAUAGAGUUCAAAGCAGAAAAAGUAACAAUACACGAGCUCUAUCCAAAAAAGAACCCAUAUUACGACAUUGCCCUAAUUACACUCAAAGAAGAUGCUUCACAAUUCACCCCCAUAUGUCUACCUAAAUAUGCAAUAACGAAACGACCCAGAGAAGGUUUAGUUCCUGGAUUGGGAGUUUUGAAAUAUGACGGCAAUACUCCAUGCACUCUCCAAGAAAGUAGACUUCUCAUUCAUCCAGAUGCUGAAUGUAGAUCGAUGUUGAGUAAAGUAGAAAAAAAUAUUUCGCGCAUUAUCAAUUCUUUCUGCGCCGGUUACAUACAGGGAGGUAUAGACACAUGUCAGGGUGACAGUGGUGGUCCCCUCCAGAUCAUUAGCAAUGAUGGAAGAUACACGCUUUUAGUUUUCUGUCUAGGGAUCGUUUCCUUUGGGUAUAAAUGUGCAGCUCCUGGAGUUCUUGGUUUAUACACAGAUGUUUCCAAGUAUUUAGGAUGGAUUAAAAAGCACUCCGGAGGAGUUUCAAGUAACGAACAUGAUAACACAGUCACAGAUCAAACAAAUUCAGAAUCAACAACUGAAGCAUCUUCACUGCCUGUACAAACGCCAGCGUCAGUUGUGCAUCCAAUGCCCACUGUGAUUUCUGUUGGAUCCAAGCCAAACCAAUUCCUGCAAUUUUAUCCAAUGCGUCCAGUAAGUUUGGGAAAGCCAUCAAAUUCGCCAAUAAAUAUUUUCAUAUUCAACAGGAAGAAUUCAAGAUCAUUCAAGCUUCAUACUAUUACGACUUAUAAACCACAAACUAAAAAUAUUCAAUGAAUAUUAAAAAAAAUUACUUGUAAUGAUUCAUUUAUUAGAACAGGCAUUGGAGUAUUUUCAAUAAUUUAUCUAGUAAUUGAAAUAUAUAUCUGAAAUGUCA